UAUUGCUUAGAGGAUGAACACCGACUUUUGGUGUACGAAUUCAUGCCUCGAGGCAGCUUGGAGAAUCAUUUAUUCAGAAGAGGUUUGUAUUUCCAUCCUCUUUCAUGGAGCCUUCGAAUGAAGGUUGCUCUCGGUGCAGCAAAAGGGCUUGCCUUUCUUCACAGUGCGGAAACAAAAGUGAUAUGUCGAGACUUCAAGACUUCCAAUAUCUUGCUUGAUUCAAACUAUAAUGCAAAGCUUUCUGAUUUCGGGUUGGCCAAAGAUGGACCAACAGGUGAUAAGAGCCAUGUUUCUACUAGAGUCAUGGGGACAUAUGGAUAUGCUGCUCCAGAGUAUCUAGCCACAGGCCAUUUGACAGCUAGGAGUGAUGUCUAUAGUUUUGGAGUCGUGCUGCUAGAGAUGUUAUCUGGCCGCAGAGCAGUCGACAAGAAUAGACCGUCCGGAGAGCAUAAUCUAGUGGAAUGGGCCAGACCAUACCUGACCAACAAACGUAAAAUAUUCCGUGUCGUAGAUAACCGCCUUGAAGGCCGGUAUUCAAUGGAAGCAGCCUUAAAGGCCGCUACCCUUGCUUUGCGAUGCCUGUCUACUGAAGCCAAAUUCAGACCGCGCAUGAAUGAGGUUGUAACAGCAUUGGAGCAGUUCCAGGAUUCGGGUGAAUCAGGAGGUCAUCAGAACAAUAUUAGCAACGCACCCGGAUACGCAGGCGAAGUACCGGUGAUGCUAACAAUGGGAGGAGCAUUGCCGCAUACCCUCGGCCGUCUGCUUCCCCUCUUUAUGCCUGAUAACGCACACCAUGAAAGCUGCUUCCCUUUGAGCCUCUGGUGACUGUACACUUCUCGCUUUAGCUAAUGUAAUCAAAACCAAUCCAAUAAAAAUGCAAGUUCCACUGUAACAAGGGGAAUGUG